GAGAAGAGCUUGGUGUGCGGGGACCUACGCUGCUCGGAGCAGGAUGGCGGUGUGGAGUGAGCUCAUGAGAUCCAGAAACCUCCUGCUUGUCAUCUCCAUUCCUCUUCUUCUGCUUCCUCUGCCACUAUUGAACCCCAGCAGUGAAUCGUCUUGUGCCUACGUGCUGAUAGUGACUGCGGUCUACUGGGUGUCGGAGGCUGUGCCGCUUGGAGCCGCUGCAUUGGUACCAGCGUUUCUCUUCCCUCUGUUCGGAGUACUGAAGUCUAGUGAGGUGGCUGCAGAAUAUUUUAAGAAUACAACGCUACUGCUGAUGGGAGUGAUCUGCCUGGCUGCGUCUGUGGAGAAGUGGAACCUCCAUAAAAGGAUCGCCCUGAGGAUGGUCAUGUUGUCUGGGGCAAAGCCAGGCAUGCUGUUGAUGUGUUUCAUGUGUUGCACGGCUCUGCUCUCCAUGUGGCUCUCCAAUACUUCAUCCACCGCCAUGGUAAUGCCGAUUGCAGACGCCGUUCUGCAGCAGCUGAUCAGAGCUGAAGAUGAGCACGAGGGCACACUGGCCAAUGGUGCAUCUUCAGCUGAAAAUGGACAGCAGAAAGGUGGAAAGCAGAAUCAGCCUUCCAUUGAACUUAUAUUCAUCAAUGAAGAGGCAACAGCCAAGGACCUGAGUAAACUCAUCCAGAGCAAGAAUCUCAAUGGGGUCCAUAUGAUUGCCAAUCCGAUGACAUUUGUGAAGCCUCCCACUAAUGGACAGUCCCUUCCACAGACCCAAAUUUUGGUUCUUCCUUCUUCUGAGACCAAAGAUCCCAAGGAACAAGGAAAAUACAGAUCCAAACAUGACCACAUGAUCUGCAAGUGCUUGUCUCUCAGUGUCUCCUACGCUGCGACCAUUGGGGGUCUGACUACAAUUAUUGGGACUUCCACCAGUCUAAUCUUCCUGGAGCACUUCAAGAACCGCUACCCGAAUGCCGAGGUGGUCAAUUUCGGAACAUGGUUUGUGUUCAGCUUGCCCAUUACCAUCAUUGUGCUGCUGCUUACCUGGGUGUGGAUGCAUUGGUUGUUCCUGGGCUGCAAUUUCAGGGAAACCUGUUCACUGAGCAAGAAGAAAAAGACCAGACAGGAAGAAAUGUCUGAGAAGAGAAUCCAAGAAGAAUAUGAAAAGUUGGGGAAAAUGAGUUACCCAGAAAAGGUGACCGUUUUCUUCUUCAUCUUGAUGACCCUCCUCUGGUUCACCCGGGAGCCGGGCUUUGUACCUGGUUGGGAAUCGUUAUUUGAGAAGAAAGGUUUUAGGACAGAUGCCACUGUGUCGGUAUUCCUCGGAUUUCUGCUUUUUCUUAUUCCGUCCAGAAGACCCCGGUUUUCAUGCGUCACGAAAGAAGACCCAGAAAACAGCAAGGAACAAGAUGAUGGUGGGCCCUACCUGGGUGGACCAAUGCUGACCUGGCAAGAGUUCCAGAAACAUAUGCCCUGGGAGAUUGUGGUACUGGUCGGAGGGGGCUAUGCCCUGGCAGCUGGCUGUAAGACUUCAGGACUUUCCACCUGGAUUGGCCGUCAGAUGGAAUGUCUCAGCAGCCUCCCAUCCUGGGCAGUCAGCCUCCUAGCCUGCGUCCUCGUCUCUGCGGUGACCGAAUUUGUCAGUAACCCGGCCACCAUCACCAUCUUCUUGCCCAUAUUAUGCAGCCUGUCGGAGGCUCUUCAUAUUAACCCUUUAUACACGCUCAUACCAGUUACCAUGUGCAUCUCGUUCGCUGUAAUGCUUCCAGUGGGUAAUCCGCCGAACGCCAUUGUAUAUAACUAUGGGCACUGCCAGAUUAAAGACAUGGUAAAAGCUGGCCUGGGAGUGAACCUGAUUGGCCUGAGUAUCAUCAUGGUGGCUAUUAACACCUGGGGCAUCAGCCUCUUCCAACUGGACACAUUCCCGGAAUGGGCGAUGAUUCACAACACCACGGAGCACCUGUGAGGAUCGACCAGGACUGUUGGAGCAUCUGUGUCACGCCAACAGAACG